GAACUUGUGGCAUCAGUCAUUCACAGGCAGUCCCAGCUGUAGUUCUGGCGCUGAGGAGGAACAGGCAGGUUAGUGAGGGGGUCAGAGAGAGGCCCUGUGGAAGGCACCAUGGAGGAAGAGGUGAGGAAGAGUGGGAUACUGUAUCUCCAGCAGCAGAAGUUUGGAAAGAAAUGGAAGAAGGUGUGGUCGCUGGUGUACGGGGACAGCGGCUGCUCCGUGUCGCGGCUGGAGCUCUUCGAGUGCCGGGACGACGCGGAGCGGGCCGAGCUGAAGCGCAGCAAGCGCGACAGCAGGAAGGUGAUCCGCAUGAGCGACUUCGUGCGCGUGGCGGAGAAGAAGGCGACCGCGUGCCCGCGGGGCUGCGGCACCUUCCUCGUGGAGACCGCCGGGAAGAGCUUCCUCUUCGCCAGCGAGACGUCGGAGCUGGGAGACUGGAUCCGGACGCUGUGUGAAAUCGCCUUCCCACAGAUGAACCAAGGCCAGGGUGAGGCCUUUAUGACCCCAAGUGUCCAGGACUCUGGGAUGGUGGAUAAUGACAUCUACUGCUCGUCAUCAGCACUGAAGGAGUUCCAUGUCAUGGUGAAGAAGACUGAGGCCUCUGUGAGAUGCAAGCUGAAUGGACCCUUCGUCCUCAGGGUGGAUCCAAAAGCCCUGCAUCUCCAGGACCCCCAGUCCAGGGUCAUCAGUUUCUCCUGGCCUUACCAGUACAUCAGGAAGUUUGGCCUGACCAUGUCCUGCUUCACCUUUGAAGCCGGGCGCAAGAGCGAUUCGGGCGAGGGCCUCUUCGAGCUCCAGACCACGCAGAACAACAAGAUCUUCCAGGCCGUCGACACGGCCAUCGGGCUUCAGAGCAAAGGAGACGGACGCCCGGCCUCGAACCCGGGCCCCGCCCCCGGCUGCCGCCCCAUCGCCGCGGACGACGACGAUGGCGACGGCCUGUACAGCAAGGUCAAAAAGACGAGGAGGCCUCGGGCCAAGGUGGAUGCGCUGCUCGCCGGGGUGGAGGACCUGGUGCUGGAGGACAACGCGUCCGUCAGAGACUGGGGCGGGGCGAUGGCCGGCCGCCCGCUGCCCCCCCCGGCCCCCGAUCCGGAGCCUUCGCCGGUCAGCAAGGCGCGCCCCGGCAGCCAGGAGCUGUCUGAGGCGGAGCCGGACUACGAGGAAGUGGACGCUGGCCCCAUGGCCCCCGGGUCACAUUACCACAACGUUGACCAGGUCAAAGGUCAAGCCUCGAUCGUUGGUGGGGCCGCGGACCCGUGCAACCCUGGCGUCAGCGAGAACCGCGGUCCCAGGCAGCUGAAAAGAAUGCUGACCAACCCCUGUUAUCAUUACGAUGAGGUGGACGCAGGCCCGGUGACACACCUGUGAAGAACAGACCAGAGAACUCUGACUGGACAUGUCAAAAGUGUGGCUCAUUUGUUUUGUCCUAUUGUACUUUUAUUGAAUGGUGGCCUUCAAGCACUGAAGCGUCAUGGGAAGGGGUUGCCAUUCCAGGAGGCUUUUAGAUAAGAUGCACACAAAAGACUAAAGCCAUAUGUAGACAAAUGUCAUUUUUGUUCCUCUACUUGAUUAAUGAUGGCAAAAAACAGUAGCCCAGCAUUCGAGCACCCAAAAAAAAAAAAAAAAACUCAACAGGAAGUGCAGGUUUCAGAGAUAAAACCAUGUCUGUCACCUCGGCCUUGCUCACCCGGUCCAUCACAACACUCUUUCUGAAGGACCCUACAAUGGCAUGUGUGCAUCUUUGAGCCGGGUCUAUUGUCUGUGUUUCUGGAAGCUUCCAAGGAUUUUGGGAGAUGGCACUUCUGCGCCCCUGCCCCCGCCACCCAGUGUUCCGGGGACAUGUUACACAGAUAGAAUUCGCCGAUCUGUGUCUAACCUGAAUAGAAUAAAAUGAACAGGCUUUUUAGGGGACUGUCUCAAAUUGCAUGGUUGACCUUGGAAAGUUGGUGUCAGUCAGACACGUGGCAGCGGUGGGUCACCUGACACCGAAGGAAUGGCCUUGUUUUCACUUCCUGUUUCACAGAUAAGGAAUACUGAAGGGCGUUGGGCCCUUUCGAUCAAUAAAAGCAAUUAUAGGAGAAGUAAGAAAAACCUCACUGUCAAGUGACCUUUAAUACAGGAGAGAUAGAGAAAUAAAGGAUGGAUUUGGCCAGUCCAAAUCCUAAUUGUUCCGUUGGAAGAACAGUCUCAGUCAAAGAGGCCUUCUGGUCAGAACCUAAAUCACUGUUACUCUGGAAAAAGAACGUUAACCAGAAUCAUUGCUUUAAAUGUCCAGCUCUCUGAAUGGACAACAUUUCAAAAUCCAAUCUAUAAGGGGUGCAGAAAUCAUGUGUAUAUACAUUUUUUCACUUCAUCUUUUUGUUUACACAUAUUUACAGUAAUGUUCUUCCAGCUGUGUGCACUGCAAAUGUUUCGUAAUUCAACAACCAAUAAAAUUUGUUUAAAAAUCGA